CCAGGAGAUUCCUCCUCACAGGAAAACUCAACCUCAAGUCAUCUGGCAACUUUGCUUCCACUGUUGCAAUGAAAUACCCAACCAGAGAUGUGGAGUUCAAUAUCAAACAUGCUAGUGGCCAACAGUAUACUACACGUGCUGAUGUCUCUUGGGACACUGACAAGAAGAUCAAAGUAGAUACAUCCUUCAAAAAGGUCCAAACACGAAGUGGUCAGUCACUUGAUGGUUCUGUGAGAGUGAAGACCCCGUUUGAAGGAUAUGAAGAUCUAAUGGCCCAGGCCAGUAGUGACAACAAUGACAAGAAAUAUGGCUCCUCAAUGCAACUCUCCUGGGGUGGAAAGAAAAAUCAGAUCUCUUCUGCUGUCAGCAUGAAGAAACCCUUCUCUGUAAGAAACCUUGACCUGACUAUCACAGGAACAUCCCCUUUCAAAGGAUACAGAAGGUUCAGCACCGAAAUAGAUCACAGAAUGACAACUUCUCUUAACACCAUCAUUAAGGGAAGCUUAGAGGGAAAGAAUGCCAAGCUCAUUUUGACUGGGGAGAACCGAUGCACUGACCAGAAAAGGGACAUUGAGGGUACCGUGAAUUUCAAGUCCAACUUCAAGGGAAUGCGAGCUGUUAAUCUACGUCUUUCUCACAAUGAUGAUUUCAGAAAGUUUGUGACUGACAUUGCUCUGGAUGUCAAUGGCGAUCAAUACACCUAUGAUUUGGAUAUGGACCAUGCAAGAUCUGGAUGGCAGUUCCAAAACACCGGUAAGCUCACACUCUCUUCUCCAAGCUACCGGUUCACCAACAACUGGCAACACAGGAAUACUCACAAUGACGUGAAAAGUACAAUGACAACCGAAUGGGGCAGGGGCCGACGCAUCUUUGUCAACAUAUUUGGAAACCAUGCUUCAACCACCAGAACAAAGGCCUUGGGAGGAGUAACCAUUGAAACUCCAUGGAAACCAAUCCGCAGUCUUGACAUCAACCUUGACCAUGAACACGGAAGAGGUUUUAUCCGCCACUCCUCUAACAUCAAGCAAGGAGAGGAUAUUAUUGGGUCAGCAGGAAUCAACUACAUUAGAUCUGAUGGGCAAACAGAGUCGGACUUUACACUGGCAUCACCUGUGACCGACCUCAAAGGGAAGAUAAGUGCUCGCUAUCUUACUUAUCCACUUUCAGGACAUGCUGAAUUAGAAUGGUCUCCAUAUAACAAAAUGUCGCUUGAUGGUUCCUUUGCUGCUCCAUCUAAAGAGAAUAUUGAAACAAGUCUACGGAUGACAAGUCCUUUUGAAAACUUCAGAGACAUUGUCUUGAAGGCAUCUCAUAAGAGGGAAGGAUCUGAUUUGAUAUCAAGAGGUAGUUUCAGCUAUGACAUCAGAAAGGCCUUUGAAUUUGAAGCACACAUUACUCCUGACACCCUGAACAAUUAUCGGGCAACACUGAAGACGCCUUUUGAUGACUACAAAUCUUUGAGGCAAGGGAGACGCUCACACAUUGAAACAGAAUACUAUCCAAGGAAAACUGUUAGCCUUGAUGCUGUCUAUGCAUUUGGAACCCCCAUUAUCAUGGACGUCACCAUCAAGACUCCAUUUGAAAACAUGGAACACAUGAGUGCAUCCCUAAAACAUGCUCUCAGAAGACGCUCUCUACAAACACAUGCUGAUGUUACGUUUGCGUCUGACAGCAACUUGGCUGGCGAUCUGAAACUGAACUGGGCAAAGGGAUAUGAUGGCAGUCUGGUCAUCACCACACCUUUCCAUGGUUAUGAAAUCAACAAGCUAUCUGUCAGACAUGAGGGCACUUGGGAUGAUUUCAAGAGUCACGGAGAAAUUCAAAUGACAAGGAAAACUGGAGAAGUCGACCUUGAUUUCCGUCAUGGCUUUAGAUCAACUGGGACAUUCACACUCAAGACACCAUUUAAUGGCAUGGAAGAAACUAAAGUUUCACUUAACAAACGUGGCCUUUGGAAUAACAUACGAGGCGGUAUCAUCAUCACCUAUGGAAGAGAUCAAACAAUUGACAUCUCUGGCCAGAACAGAUUUUCCAAUGGACGCCUGGACACAACACUUCUUGUCAAAUCCCCCUUUUCGGAGAACAUCAAAUUUGGCAUAGAUCAUGAUGGCCAACUAAGAAGCUUCUCAACUAAGGUAUCUGGAGCUGUUGGAUCACGACACUCCUUCAACUCAGAAUCAGCAUUCACUUUCAGGUAUCCAUUGAUAGAUGUAUCUACCAACUUUGCCUUCACAAGAGAUUGGAGGAGCAGAAACAUUGGACUCAAGCUUCACAAAGAAGGCUACAUUAGUGACAUGAACGCCAAAGCAACUGGAAUUCUGGACAAUGAACAAGUUGAUGUGUCCUUUAUACUUAAGACUGAUGGCAAAUAUGAAGGAUCUCUCACCAUGCAGACACCAUUUGAAGACUACAAAGAUAUUGGACUCUCUCUUCAACAUUCUGGAAACGUGCAGAGGUUUACAAGUCAAGGCACUAUCAGGUACAUGGAUGGCAAGUCUCUGGAGGGCACCCUGACUUUCUGGCAAUCUGGCCUGGCUCAUAUUGAUACCAAAGCAGAAAUCAAGACUCCCUUCCUGGGAUAUGAAUCUUCCCUUCUCAAAUACCGCCAUUCAAUGGAUGAUUCUCAAAUGACAUCAAAUGCUCUCGUUCUCUAUGGACGUGGACAACGAAUUACAUCUGAUCUUAAUAUCCAAACAUCACCUAAGAUCAGCUUUGAUCUAACUGUUCAAACACCCUACGACAGAUUCCAAAACAAUAAACUUAUGUUUACUCAUUCUGGGCCUAUUGUCAGCUGCACAAGUCAUGCGGAAUUGGAAAUCCUGGGCAAUACAGUCACUGCAGAUUCAUCAUUUGAACACGGAACGUCCACCAGAGCCAGUCUCUCCAUCAUCACUAACAUCGAGGGUAUGGAAGUGGUCAAGGCAUCUCUCAACAAGGAGGGAAGCAGCGAGAACUUUAGAGGUACUGCUUCAGCCUCCCUGAAGGAUUCCACCAUUCAAGCCGAUGUCACAGGUAGAAUUGCACAAGACAUCAGAGGAAGCCUUUCUCUUAGAACCCCCUUCAGUGACUUUAGAGACACAGCCAUUGUCAUUGAACACACAGGCAACUGGAAUGAUUUUAAUAGCGAAGGAAUGCUCCGUUACAUGGAUGGCAAAACAAUUGAGGGUAAAAUUAAGUUCUUCAAUAAUGGAUACAGGCAGAUAAAAACAAGUGCCGAGCUGAAGACACCCUUCACUUCCUAUGAAAUGAUGACCGUCGAAUAUGGACAUGAUUCCAGGAGCAAUUACUUUAAAUCCAACUCAGCAGUCACCUAUGGCAACGGACAGAGGAUUACAUCAGACAUCUCCGCAGAUACAGCCAGAGAUAUCAAUGUAAAUGCUGUGAUCAAAACUCCCUUCAGGGACUUCGAACUUAGUAGAGCAAUCUUCACUUCCACUGGCCCUCUCAGAAAUAUGAAAAACAAUGCAGAACUUGAGUUUGCCAAGACCAGACUAACUGCACAGACCAACUUUGCAAACAUAGGAUCAACAAAAGGUGAUCUCGUUAUCACAACAAACAUUCCUGGUUAUGAAAGUAUGAAAGGUUCCAUUGGAGUGGAAGGGGAUCUCACUGAUCUGAAAUCUACAGCACUUCUUAACAUUAAAGAUUCUACACUUGAAGUAGAUCUCAGUGCAAGUUUGAAGAACAGAAUCAUGGCAUCUGUGACGAUCAGGAGUCCUUUCCAGAACUUCAGAAAUGUGGGAGGCUUCAUUGAGCACUCAGGAUCGUUAUCACGAUUUAAUACUGAAGGAAAUCUUCGCUACAUGGAUGGAAAAGUUGUUGAAGGCAAAGUCGUCUUCUUAAGAAGGGAUAUCAAUAAUCUCAAAGCUAAAGGAUCCAUUGGAAUCAGACAGGAAACAUUAGAAGCAUCUCUAAACAAUGUCUUCAGUUCAAGGCGACUCUUGACUGACUUAUCCAUCAGAAAUCCAUACACAGAAGAUAUUGUUGCACGUGUAGAUUUCAGUGGGAGACCAACCAACUUCAAAAAUCAGAUUUCAGCCAGCAUGGGCACUGGUGGUUCCAUCUCCUCGGACUCAUCCUUCCGGCUUAGAAAUGGGGAUAUUGAUAUCAGCUCAGGAUUUAACUUCAAUCUGGCGGGACUUGGACAGACAGGAAAUAUCAAAUUCCACAAAGAAGGAGAACUUAAGAAUAUGAAAAUGAGUAUCAAUGGUGAUUACAACCAGAGGAAAGCAAGUGUGAAAGCCGAGUUCAGAGCACUGGACGACAUCCAUGGUCAGGUCAAAAUCGCAACACCAUUCAGACCAUACAGAAACCUUGGCUUCUCUUUUGACCAUUCUGGUACAUGGACUCGUUUUACUUCUCAAAGUAUGGUCCAGUUCAUGGAUAGGAGAAAGAUCACUGCAAAAAUCAACCAUUUCAGUCAUGACCUUGAUCGUCUAGAAAGUAGCUUAGAAAUUACUACACCUUUCCAAGGCUACGAGUUCACAAAAGCUGAGAUUGAUCAUGCUGCAACAACUAAUGGAAUCAACUGUAAUGCUGCUGUACAGUAUGCACAAGGACAGAAAGUUACAGGAGAACUCCAUGCUACAAUUUCGCCAAAGUAUGACGUGGAAGUCAAACUGACUACACCUUUCAGACAAUAUGAGGUUCUCUCUGCAUCCACAUCAUUUGAGCAUGGAACUGACAGAUACAAUCUACAGAGCAAACUGAAUGCUGGAAAUGGCAAUCACUUUGGUCUUGAAUCAACUGCUGACAUGUCUACCACGCCCUACACGGCAGUUGCACGUAUCUCAACACCAUUUGAAAACUUUGAUUCUGCUGAAAUCUCUUUGACACAUGCUGGUGAACUACGGAAGUUCAGGUCCACAGGCACAAUACAAACUCCAAUGACCGGUACUCACACAGGUGAAGCGUCUUUCGGUUACACAUCCCUCUCAGAAAUGGAAGGUUUAAUAUCUCUUUCUGAUAACAUCAAGUUGGCUUUACACAACACCAACAGAAACCAGAAAUACCAAUCUCACAUUGAGGCUACAUGGAGUCCCACAGACAGAAUAGCUUUUGAUGGAUCCUACCAAUUCCUUGAUCUGUACAGUGAGAAAGAACUGACAACAGAUCUGACCCUGGUUACACCAUUUGAAGCUGCCAAAUUGACUGCUCUCAGGUUUGAACAUCAUCAAGGAUCGGAUAAAUAUACAGAGAAGCUGGAAGCUGAUUACAAUGGUGACAAUAUUCUGGAUAUGGACAUGGAGAUCUCCCGAGGUUCAAGGGAGCAGGGAACAUUCACAAUGAGGAAACCAAGGCCAAUGCAGCUGACUCUUUCAGGGGAAAUGGCUGAUGAGAACAUUGAUGGAGAGAUGUUUGUCAACUGGGACAGAGAUGAACCCGAGAGCAACAUCCGAAUCCAGACCACACUGACAGACAGGAGCAGACAGUCCCUGCUGAACAAAGACCUGACACUCAAGUUUAUUCAUCCCACCCGCACUGUUGGUAUCAUCGGAAAUGUCCUCAGUUCACAGCUCCAAACAAAGAGUCGUGGAGAAUUCAUCUGGAAUGAAGAUGCAGGACACAAACUUUUCUAUGAUGUGGAUGUUAAGGACCGUAGCCGCCGUAACAGCAAGAUGUAUGAUGGCACCUUCAAAGUGGGAUCCCCACUGAGAAGUCUCCAAAUGGAUGGGUCUUACAGUCAGACAGGUGCAAGCAAAACUCUGGAUGGAGCCUUCUCCUGGGAUGCAGACCGAGAUGACACAAAGAAGAUUGGCAUGAAAGCUGUCUUCACACCUGGUGACAAGAAUAAGCAGGCUGAUCUCUCUCUCAGACUUCCUUCUAUUGGAAAGAACAUCCAGAUCGACACAGAAAUGCUGCUGAAUGAUGGCAGGACAGUCUUCAAUGGAAAAACACAACUGUCCUACUCCAGUGACUCCCGAAAGACCCUGACACUUACAUCUCGACUGGAUGAUAUUUCCUAUGGAUGGGGUAACACCAACUACAGUCUUGUGGUUGGCGUAAGCCACCCAUAUACAGAUGUGGACGUCAAACUUACAUCCCACAUCGGCAGCUCCAGCGAGAAAGUAUCUGCUGGAACUGGAAUCACCUACCUAACAGCCAGAAGGGAAAGACAGAACUUUGCUCUCAGAGGCGAGAUCAACAAACUGAGAAAGCAGAUACAGCUGCAGAUGGAGACCCCAAUCAAGAACAUGGACCUCUCUGGUGAGAUGGAGGAAACUCCUUUCAAGCUGAAGAUCAGGAACAUGUAUGGAGACAAGAUUGUCCAAGCACACCUUACUGUUGACACCGAAAGGAGAAUGGUGGAUUUCCAAACUAACUAUGACCUAGACAACCCUGGAAAGACACUGAACAUGAAUGCCAGAUACGUCAAUUCAAGCGCCAUGCAGGCUGAGGUUUAUCAUCAGGACAAUUCUCGUCGACUUUCUGACAGUCUGCUUGCUCUCAGACUCAACACAUCCCGUCUUCUCCAUACCAGGAUAUCCUGGAGGCCACAGAUGAUCGCUGAUGUUCAGGGAUACUUGACCAAGACAGUGGAGACAUAUGGGCAAGAUACCAAGGCCUCUUUCCACUCUGUAUACGAGUCUGUGGGACAGGAAUUGUCCGGCAAGUACCACCGGAUUGCACAAGUCGCCAAAAAGGAACUGUCUCCUUACCUAACCAUGUUGGAAUCAGAGAUGGCUUCCAUAGAGAGACAGUUGGACUCUAUCAGGAGGGAUAUCAAGCGCAUGUACAACCGUAAUGACUUCUACAUAGCAGCAAUGGGAGAUUACUUCAGUCAGACAUUCGAAGCAUACAAGGACCUUGUGACUUCAACAAAGGAAGUGUUUGCUUCCACAAAUCAGAAACUGGCUGAAUACAUGCAGGAGAUGACAAACUUCCCCAUCGGACAAAAAUAUCAGGCCAUUGUUGCUGAAACCCUCGCCAACUUUAAGCGUGGUGUGGAUGAGCUUGUUGGAAUGACCGUGGUGAUGAUCUCAGGACUGGAUGAACAGCUGCAGAGUAUGAGGAACACUUAUCAUCAUCAUUACAACAACCUGCAGAAUUCGAUUACAGAGCUGAAGAACCAUCCUCGAUUGGCGACUGUCAGGCUUCAGGUUGCUGACACCUACCAGCAAUACCUCAACGCCAUUACCAACAAAGUACAGGACCUUAACAUCCCCAGCAAGUACAGCGCAAUUGUAGAGCACACACAGAAGAUGAUGACCUCCCGCCUAGGAGACAUCAUGAAGAGGGACGACCUCCAACAUCUGCUUUCCCUCACAAACGGUGCUUACCAAGAGGGUGUGUGGGCAUACAACUACUGGCAAGUAGAGGAGAACCUCAAGCAGCACCUGCAGAGCAUCUAUGAGAUCAUCAAGGAGAUGAUUGAGGAGGAGGUUCAGAAAUACAGGGAACAAUUGGUCUUUCUGGAAAAGUCCAAGGUCACAGUUUGGGAUCCUGAACAUGGAGAGAUCCAGAUAGACUUAUACCUGCCUAUCCCACUUCAAUCUCUGGACACACUUCCAGAAAUUCAGACGUAUGUUCAAAGGGCAAAGACUGCAAUCAACACAUACAUUCCAGACAAGGCAACGUACCAGAGAUACAUCCCAACAUCAUUGUGGCAGACACCCAAUGCUACAACGAGGAUCAAUCGUGAAAUGAAAACCUUGCCAAACGCCUCUCAGAGACGUCCCUUGAGAAGGUACAACGCCAUACGUCUCUAAGACCACAGCCUUCCAACACCCAUUGAACCCCUUACAGAAAAAUGAUCUAGACAAUGUAUUGACUAUUUAUAGUACCAAACGUUUUAUGUAAGAUCAAUGUUACUUGUAAACUGUACUGAACAAAUGAUAUAAGACAAACUAUUUGAAUAUUUAGUAGUGAAAAAUAUGUCUAUUAUGUUUGCUUGUAAACGAACACUUCCAUUAUGUGGAAUGUGUGGUGUCUUUUGUUCAGUAUAUGUUACAGAUAAGGUAACAAGUAGCAUGUAACAAAUUCCUUCCCAGUCCAAGAAUAAAUAUUUGCAUUCAAA